AGUCAGCUGUGUCAGAUGAACAGACUGAAAUCUGAGAUGCCUUUGAACUUACUUCCUCACUUUACUCUGCACCUUAUACCUUCCCAGACAACCUGCAGUCAGGCUGGACUGCAGUCAGUUUACCUAAAGCCUGGACUGAGUGCUCGUCCCACCUCCUUCAUUUCUCUCUCUGUGUAGAAGAAAACCUGUAAAGAGGGGGUGAGAAAGACAUUCUGCACUCUUUUUGAAGGGGCAACAAGGUGUGCAGAUUCUUCAUGACUUCCUUUAGUCUUGGUGUUGUCAGCUCAGUGGAUUAUUUACUGGCCCAUCAGCACUAACAAGAUACAAGGUGUCUCCUGCUGGGCUCGUCAACACUCUCUGGAGAUACUGGAAACAUGGCACAGGUCGAGAAAAAAACCUCAACUAUGUCCCUGACUAUCUCAUCAUGCUCGCGAGAGACGUCCUCCUCCUCUUCUUCUUCAUCUUCCUCUUCUACAAUGCUUCAGCAGAGACACUCCAGUUUAGUUCAGCCUCUCUGCAUUAGUCCUCAGAUGGUUCAGAGCCCAACACAGUGUUUAGGGAAUGCUGGAGUAUCUCCAACAUUUGUCAAGUGUCUUCAAGAUGUGAGCACAGUAAAGGGGCAGCUGGUGGUUCUGGAGUGUAGAAUCAGAGGAACUCCUCCACUGCAGGUCUCCUGGUACAGAGAGCACGAGCAAAUCAUCGACUCGGCAGACUUUCGCAUUCUUAGAAAGAAGGCAAGUUCAGCAUCUGUUCCUGAGGAGUUAUGCACCCUAGUGAUUACAGAGGCUUAUCCAGAAGAUUCUGGAAUAUUUAAAUGUACGGCAUCAAAUCAGUUUGGGACAGUAUCAUGCAGUGCCACGCUUGAAGUCUAUACAGAUUUAGAGGAGGUUUUGGGAGAAGAAGAUGAGCCUUCUUCUAUAAGCUCAGCUGGACUAGAGCAGGAUGACCUUCCAUUGAUAAUGCAGGACACACUCAUUCCCCCUCCAGAGUGGCCUGACAGUUCUGAGGAAGAGACCGCCACCCCUUUAGCAGGGGUGCUAGAGCCUGGCAUCAAAAAAGUUACAAAGUCCCUUGCAGUCACAGAUAGCAAACACAGUUCUUCCAGUCAAUCCACUAUAGAAGCAACAGAUGUCUCCUCAACUCCCAAACCUUCACCUCCAUCAAAGGAAGUAAAAAACAGUGCCCCACAUCCAUUCUCUCUGACCAGCAAGCUGAAUAAACCAGUGGAACUGCAGGUCAGCACCAUGAAUGUGGCUGACCUGCCCACCUUCUCGCCAUCACUUUACCCCCCCAGUGCCUUUAAUUACGAGCGCCCCCGCCAUUUCAUCCAGUCCCAGCCCAGUUUCAAUACACCGAACAAUGAGAACAAUAAGCCAAACAAUCUCAACUCACCAGCUUCAACUUCCACACCAUCGGUGACCCCUGCUCAACCUGCACCCACCCGAACGUCAAUGUGUUCUAGCGUUACUUUGAUUCCCAGAGUACGAAAUACUCCAAACAGCGAUAAACUAUCACCAGCUGCGUUCCUAUCAUCUGUUCUGCCUUCACAACCAAGCUCCCAGUCAAAAUGCAUUUCCACACCUCAGUCACCAUCUCCUAGCCACUCCCCCCGAUCGCCCAGCCCACCGCCAAAGUCACAAGAACAACCAUUGCUUCCUCCAAGUCAGUCAGUGAAUCAUAAACCUUCAGCUGCUCCAUCCCGUAUAUCUCCAGAUAUGCAGAAAACAUCUAUUCCACCUCUACAGACCCCACCUGUGUCCCAUAUUACCUACACACCCAAUACUUUGCCAAAGCCAAUCUUGAAGAAGACUGUUUCCCGCCCAGCGUCUCGCACCACAGAUGAAGAUAUUCAGGGCUCAAAAGAUGCUCUUAUCCAAGACCUGGAGAAGAAGCUACGAAACAAAGCUCCUCAACAAAGGAACAGUCAGCAGAAGAUGUCUUAUGAGGAGCGGAUGGCUAGAAGGUUGCUGGGUCCAGAUAAUGCCGCCUCAGUCUUUGAUCUUGAAGAUUCCUUCAGUUCACUACCUGCACAGCCAGGCUCUCCAGAAGAACAUCACCCUGGAGGAAUAUGGUCUAGGAAGAAUCAUUCUGGAAGAGACGGUACAGAGGCGUCCACCAUCCAGGAGAAAUGUUUUGCCCCCCGUUUUGUCCAAGUGCCUCAAGAUCUUACUGUUGAAGAAGGACGAUUCUGCAGAAUUGAUUUCAAGGUCAUAGGUUUGCCGACCCCAGAUAUUUCUUGGUAUCUGGAUGGGAAACCCAUCCUGCCUGAUGAUUAUCAUAAGAUGCUGGUGUGUGAGAAGAGUGUCCACUCCUUCAUCAUUGAGAUAGUGACCGUUCACCAUGCAGGAGUUUAUGAAUGUAUAGCAAAGAACCGUGCUGGAGAGAGCCACUUCUCCCUGCACUUGGAUGUGAUUGCUCAGGAGCACCUGUGUCCUCCCUCAUUCGUGGUGAAGAUGAGGAAUUUUCGAGCUCUAGAGGGAGAUACAGUGAAGUUAGAGUGUAAAGUGGCUGCAUCUCCAACACCACAGAUAUACUGGAAGAAAGAUAAAGAGAUGCUGUGUAUCGACCCAAUGAGAAUGAGUCUUUCUCAGGACAGUUCAGGGAAGCAGUGUCUGAUCAUUGAUUCAGUGAUGAAGUCUGACGCCGGCUGGUACACCGUCUCUGCCAUUAAUGAAGCGGGCAUGUCCAACUGCAACGCCAGACUAGAUGUGGGCACUCGCUUGAACAAGACUGCCCCUCCCGCCAAGCCACUGAAAAUGCUUCCUCCGGUCAGUCAGUUCUCCACUUUGAGUACAGAGCCUCUUCCUCGGCAUACCGCCCCUCUAUAUGAGAGUGAAGAACUAUAGACGCUCGUGUCACGCAUGUGUUCAUGAGAGUGAGAUCUGAUAUUAUGUGGUUGUAUUACUCAGUAAAGGAGUUGGUUCUAUAGUUUAGUUGCUCAUUUCCCCCUCAUAGUCUUUCAUUUAUUUGUGAAAUGCACUUUAGCCAGUGCCUCUGGUGUUUCCCAAGUAAUGACUGGAAAUAAAUGUACGAUUCCAGUUAAAUCAGUGAUCUCACCUUGGCACUUGACUUUGCUAGAACACAAUUUCUCAUGUUGGUUUGGAUGGAAGAAAAAUGACUAGUCUCUCGGAAAUGGUAAUAUUUAUGACACUCAAUCAAGGGCGAAGAUUUGGCUUGAACAUUGGGGGUGUUGAACUUGCUUGUUUUGAUUAUUGGUGGGUUACCUCCCCCCAUCCCCCCUGGAAUCUACACGGCCUGCACUCUAUACAAGUAUAAAUGUAUCUUAUGGUUGUUGCUUGUUUGGCUAUGCAUAAAUUCGAGUUUAAUAACGCUUUGGUCAUAAUUGUUCUCGGUGGAACUGCUAUUGUGAAAACUGAAUAUAAUGUGUGCAAUGUUAUUGACUGAUAUACUCCGAAGUACAUUAUGAUCAUGAUGUUUUACAUUUCAAAAUUGAUGGAAUUAUCUCUGGAGUUGCCACUAGAACAAAAGUUUCAUCACAAAACAUACAGACACUGUUUGUGUAUUAUAUAUGAUGAGACAAGUAUAUUUGAGUAAACUGUUUUGUGACAAUACUGCACAUUUAACUCUGUAGUGCCUUUCCCUGACUGACUGCCUACUUGUGUUGUCCAAGCUAAAUUUCAAAUGUGCAUUAAAAUGUAUCAGUGAUCAGAU